GUUUUAUUGUCGUCUGCUUAAGUUAAUUUUGCAAUGUUUAUUUGCAGGAAAAAUGAAGAUGUACAAAAGUCGGAUAUAAUUUCCCUAAUACCAGGGCUAGAUGCCAUAAUCAAAGAUCACUUUGCUGGUCCAAAAUUAAUCUGCUUUGAAGAUGUUGCUUCAGGUUGUCAAGUGGAGUUGACAAAGCUAUUGCUGCUGCUGUUGUACAUAACAAUGAUAACAGAAGACAAGUUGCGUAACACACUUGUGAGAUCUCCUCUCAUGGAUACCUCGACUCAAAUCAAACUGAAAUACCUUAUCGAGUCAAUACAGAAGAGAGGUCCUGGGUUGAGUACAAAGUUUUUAAAAAUUUUAUGCACCGAGAAGUUAGAGGCCAAGCUACAGGCACGAUGUCAAACUCCUAUUGGCCCUGCAAGUGCAUGUAGUCCACCUAAUCGAUACAGCAAUUCUCCCAAAAUGAUGCCAGUAUCACCUCUAAGGGAUCUUGUUCAGAGUCCGCCUUUCCGAAUGGAGAAAGUACUGAAUGACAAAAAGAAGGAAUUGAGGCAUCUGUUGCAUAAGGUGAAUGUGAUGGAGAAUGAAAAGCAAGACCUGGCAGUCAAUUUGGAAGCGUCUAAUAGAAAGAACGAGAAGUUGAGAGGUGAAUUGUCUAAAAAACAGAAAGAAUUGCAAGAUGUGAAAAUGAACCGUGAUGAAUUAGAGGCACAGAUGACAGCAGGAGAUAAUUUAGUCCAGCAACAAGUACAGCGAUUAAGGAAAGAAUCUUCAGACCUGCGGAAAGAGAAUGCCACCUUGGAGCAGACUGUAAAUAAAGUCAUUGAAACAAAUGAUGAGCUUACUGCAAAGAAUGAGAACUUAAGAAAAAGGUUGACUCUUGUUUCUGCAGAACGAGACAGACUGCAGGAAGAGAUGUCAACCUUGCACAGAGCCAAGAUGGAAAAUGAAGCUAUCAUAGAGUCUCAGGCCUUUCAUUUGAAGGAUGUGAAGGCUCAGUUGGAGGAACUACAACACAUUUUUUCCGAAAAACCAACUAACCGUCCAGUAGAGGAGUCAUUCGAAGCCACUUCUCCCAUGACUUUCACCAGUGCACCUUCCUCGCCUUCACAAUCAAAUACCUCGGGAGAAAACAUGGCCGAAGCAGUUGUGGAUAAGAUUUUAUUCGAAACUCGGGCUCAGCUGAGCGGUAUCAAUGAAAAUUAUGCUGAUCUCCAGGAGAAAUUUUCCGAAGCUGUAUACAAUAGAGAUCAACUGGCUGUACAGGUUGAGUUAAUUACCACAGAAAGAGACAAUUUAAUUAGUGAGCUGGGAGAAGUACGAGAGACGUACACUCGGCUCAACGAAGCUCACGCGCACACGUGCCAAGAGCAUAAAAACACUCUAGAGAUGCUACAAGAAGCUCAGGCCAGGAACCAAAUGGUGGAGGCAGAACGGCAGAGAUUUGAGGAUGAAGUGAACACAAGUCACGUAACUGUACUGGAACUGAAAGUGGAACUAAGUAAGUUUGUGGACCAACUCUCUGAAUGCUCCUCAAAGUUGAUGGAGCUGGAACAGAAGCUUCAGUCCUCACAACAAGACUUGAAUCUUACCCGUUCAGCACUGGAAGAAGAGUCUAAAAGAAAUACAGUUUUACAAGAGCAGCUCAUAACAAUAUCUAGGUUGAAUGAAAGCUUCAAAUGUCAAAUAGAAACUCAGAGUGAAGAACACAAACUGAAGGUGCAGGAGUUAAAUACAAACAUAAUGGCACUGAUCUGUGAAAGGGACUUGUUAACUAACGACAAGGCUUCACUUGUGCAAGAAAUGCAAAAUCUUAAAACUAAUUAUAAAAAUGCCAAACUGCAGUUUGACAAAGAUUUUGCAGAACUUGCAACUGAGAAAGCCAAUUUAUACAGUCAAAUUGAAAUAAAGUCUGAAGCACUCUGUCACCUGCAAACAGAAAUGGAAAGUAAACUUGAAUCUUUGAAUAAAGAAAAAGUUAAUUUGGAAGAGGAAAUUGCAAUGAAAGCUGCCAACUAUACAAGGCUGGAAAGUGAACUAAAAGUCCAGGUGGAGCAGUUAACCUCAGACAAGGUAGCACUUAGUGAAGAUAUCCUUAAAAAGGAAUUGACAUGUACUAAUCUUAAACAAGAAAUGGAUAGGAAUAAUAAUCUCUUGCUUGAGCUAAAGGAGAGUUUCAAGAAGGAAAUGGAAGCCAAGAAUGAAACAUAUUUAACAUUGCAGAAUGAGAAGGAGAGAGAGUUGGAGAUCCAUGCAAAGAAAAUAACAUCUCUGAAUGAAAUAAUUAAGAACAAAGAAUGUGAUUACAGUGAAUUAAAAAGAGAGAUGAAUAAAACCAUUAACGACUUACAUCAGUCCCAGUCGGUCAUGUGCAGUGAAUUCAAGGAACGUGAAGAAUCUUUUGUCGUCUUAAAGCAUAAACUGGAGGAGGAUUUGGCAACGUCUGCUGAAGUAGAGAAAAAGCUAAGCAAUAUAGUCAGCCAAAAUGAGCGUUCUUAUGCCUUAUUACAGCUGAAAAUGCAGGAAGCUGAAGAAACUUUCACACAUGAAAAGAGCACCUUGAUGAAUGAUAUUCAAACAAAGGAAGAUAACUUAGCAAAGUUAAAGGAGGAGUAUAAAUUAACAACAGAAUCCCUUGAAUGCCAAAACUCUACAUUGUCUGAAGCUAUUUCAGUCAAGGAAGCAGCACUAGCAUCUUCACAAGAAAUGAUAAACAAGUUGCAAGAUGAAAUGACUGCAAAGAAUGAUGAUUACUGCAUUGUUCAGCAGCAGCUUGCAGUGAUUACAGCAGCUUUAAAAGAUGAGAAGUGCACAUUGCUUCAGGAGAUACAGGCGAAGGAGUCCGCUUACGUUUCCUUGCGGCAAGAACUUGAAAAAAAAUUAGAUGAUCUUUCUAAAGAAGAGAUAGCUUUGAAAACCCUGCUCCAAGAAAAAGAGGAGGAACUUGGUUCUUUGCGCAAAGAGUUCUCUGAAUCUAUUGAGAAGUCUCGCUCAGAAAAGGCAGCCAUGGCUGAAGAACUCUCUUCCAAGACUGAAUACCUAAAUAAUCUUUUAUCUGAAAAAGAUCAAAUUAUUCGAAGGCUUGCAGAAGAAAAAGAACAAAGUAAAAAUAGUUUUGAAAGUAAAAUAGCAGAGUUAAAUGAAGUUUUUAGCAAAAAAUGUGAACACGUACAAGUUGUAGAACAAGAUAUAAUUACUACUAAGCUAAGUUCGGAAGAGAAGGAAACGAGACUUCGUGAGGAGCUGAGUAUUGUGAAAUUAGCAAUGGAAGAUCUUCAGAGGGAAAAAGAUGAGCAAGCACAAAGUAAUGAAAAUGCUCUCUCUGAUCUAAAGUCAUGUUUAGGGGAAAAAAUAGAUUCUUUUGUGAGGAUAAAGGAAGAACAUGAGCGAAGCUUGCAGAACCACAAGACUCAAACAAUUGAAAUGCAAGGAAUAAUUUCAGAACUACAGUCAGCUUUAGCAGUGAAAGAGGAGGAGUUCAAAAGCAAACUUGCCGUACUGAGAGAGCAAAUGGAAAGUGUGGAAGCAGAUAAGAUUAUUAAUGAAGCUAAGGUAGCAGACAUAACUACUUCGGUAAAUAGAAUGGAGGAAGAGCACAGAACUUCCCUUAACCAUCUUAAGAAAGAGGCUGAACAGCAGCAGAUGAAGUUUGAUGCUGAUGUUUUACUUCUCGGUGAUAAAGUGUCAUCACUUGAACGUGAGAAGGCGGCGGCAGAGAACGAGAUGCAGGAAAAGAAUGAUGUAAUGGAAGCUUUGACUCUUGAAUUUAAUACAAAAAUUAAGGCUCUUGAGAUGGUGGUGAGUGUCAAAGCUGAAGCUAUAGAAGCCCUUGAGCGAGAAGCAACUUCAUUGAAUGCUAUGGUUAAAGCUCAGGAAGAUGCCUUAAAUGCAUUACAUCAACAAGUGGAAGGAACUUUACAAACUCAUAGCACUGAGACAGCUAAUUUAAUGAGAGAGAUUGCAGAGAGGGAAGCUUCAUAUACUUGCCUUCAGAAUGAGCUGCAGAAUCGUGUGGCAGCUCUAACGGAGGAGAAGGUCAGUCUCGGCAAGAUGAUGCAGGAAAACGAAGACGUUGUUUCAAAUCGGCAGCAGCAAAUAAAUGAUCUCCUUGCACAAGUUAACGAGCAGAAACAAGUGUUAUGCAGUGAGAUGAAUGAGAAGGAAAAGGCCUUUUUAAGUUUGAGGCAUGAAAUGGAGUCUUCAAUGGAAGUAAUUAAAAACAGAAAUAACAAAGAGUUACAAGAAAAGCAAGAACUUAUUUGUAAUCUUCAGAAAGAGAAAGAGAGAGAUUUGAAAGUGUAUGUUGAAGAGAAAACUGCCAUGAAUGCCAUAAUUAAAGAAAAGGAAGAAGUAAUAACAUCAUUGAAAUUAGAGCUGGAAGAUAUUAAAAAUGCUUUUAUGUCCGAGAAAGAAUCUCUCUCAAAUGAAUUGAAUGCUCAUCAAGAAAGUUUAACUUCCCUGAAGGAUAAGCACGAGAAAGCACAAGCAAGUUCUGCUGCUGAAACUAAUACUCUCUCUCUCCACGUGUUAGAAAAGGACAGGAAAAUCACUGAACUCAGCGAGGAGUUAAAGAAUAUGCAGGAGAUACAAGCCAUAAGAAUAAAGCAGCUUGAGGUGGACUUUGAGAAAGUGACCUCAUAUUUAGAAGCUGAACAGGGAUUGAACCUUGACCUGAAAUCCAAGAUUCAGUCUCUACAGGAAGAAAUUAAAAAUAAAGAUGCUGAAUACAAGAGAGACCUGACAUGCACUCAACAAGAGAUAUCAACGCUGAAAGAUUGCAUUGAGGAAAGGAAGCGGUUGCAUGAAGAAGUUGUACAGAAGACUGAAGAGGGCACUCGGGAGAAUAAGAGUUUAAUAUUCCAACUUCAAACCACUAUUAAUGAGAAGAAUGAAAUAAUCAAAUCAUUAAAAGAAAAAAUUUUGGAGCUAGAGGAAAAGCACUCAAAUGCUAUACAAGAAUUAAAUAAUGCGAUUGCUGAAAAAACAUCAAAUCUGAAUGCCAUAAAAAUGGAAUUAAGUGAAUUACAGAAGACAAAUGCUCAAAAACAGGACAAGACAGAUGAGCUGAAUAAGUUUAAAAAUGAUCUGGCUAUGAUUAACAAGGAAAUACAAGAACGAGAGAAGGUCAGUGAAGCGGCACGCACAGCUUCAGUGAAUAAGUUGAAAGCUGCUCAAGAAAAAUUGAUGGAAUACAAAGGUCGAGUCCAAACACUGGAAGCCAGUCUAAUAGACAAGGAACAGCAGAUUUUGGCCACUAAGGAGGAGGUGAUGAGAGUGGAGCGGGAAUCUGAAAAAUCCACGAGAAGUCUCUCGGAAGAGCUUCAUGCGUUUAAGGACAAAUUAAGAGCCGAGAAAAAGGCUGUAGCUGAUAGAAUGAAAAUGUCAUACCAGACGGAAUUGGAGAAGCUGAUGAUUCAGAUAGAGGAAAAGGAACAAGAGAGCAAGGAAAAGGACAGGAUCCAAAUGAAGUACGAGUUAGCCAAGAAAAAGCUGACAGAGAUUCUCACUUUCAAUAAUGAUUUGAAAACUACAAAUGAUCACUAUGAGAAGCAGGUUGCUAAAUACAAGGAUCAUGUAAAAGGGUUAGAAACUAAUCUUCAAAGGGAGCGUACUAAGCAGAAUGAAAUGACAUCUCGAACUAUGGAAUUGGAGGGCAAAUAUCAGCCACUUAAGGAAAAGCUGCACGAAUCUGAAAAUGUCAUCAAACGCCUUUGUAAUGAGAAGAGGUCUUUAGAAGUUCAACUUAAUCAUGCAGAUGCAAAGAUGAGGGAGAUGAAGAAGCAAUGGGACCGUGAGAGCUUUGGGGUAGUAAACACACUGGCUCCCAGCUUUACAAGAAGCAGUGUUUCAGCAUCAGCAGUGAGCCAUAUUAGAGAGAUCAUUGUAACAAAACCUUCCACAUCAUCAACUGAGGAUGAAUGGGAAGUGAAUGAUUCCAAACAAGAGCUGUUAUCUAAUAGACCCUCCACAGGAACACGCAAGAUGAUGACGAGGGCAUGCUCAGCAGAUACGAUGUUCAGGAAGCCAUCCACACGAACUACAAAUUCAGAGAAUAAACCGAAGUGGGAUGAUGGGUCACAUCAGGUUGCUGCUGCUUCUGCCACUGCCGCUGCCAAUACUGGUGCCACUGAAAGGAAAACUGUACAAUCAUCCGACACAAACAUUUCAGACAAAUCACUGGGACGGUCUGUUCCAAGAGAUAUGCACUUUAAUUGUGAAGAUGAAGAAGAACUUUUCAGCAAUAAAUACCUACUUGAUAUGCAGGUUGGACGAUGCAACCCAUUGGAGGAAGCCCAAUGGAAAAGAUUGUCUGAACUCCAGAGACGAAACUCACUCUAUCCUCCUCAUAUGCGUUCUGCAUACCCAGCCGAGAUGCAAUCUAUACCUCUACAAAACUUUGAAGAUGAUAAGUUAAGAGAAGGGUGUGCAGUAGAAGACAGGCAGCUGAUGAACCUAACUGAGGCAACGGAAAAUCUAGGUCUGGACUCGCCGGCCUUCAACCUUCGCAAGCGGAAGUCUCUCUCAGAAUCCACACAGUCGGAGUCCUCUAUUGAAUUUUCAGGAGGGAAAAGAACUAAAAGAUUAUCAACUUCAUACUCUCGUCCUGGUCCACCCACACCUGGCCGCAAGAGUUUGGCCAAAGGUGACAAAGAAAAUCGGCGUGAAUCCAUUGCCUCAAAUGCAUCGUUGUCAAGCUUGGGAUAUCGAGGGAGGAAGGGAAGUCCUCCAGGAGCAUAUUCUGGUGCAUCCCCAGUAUCCACGAGGGUGCGGCAAGUCCGUAGUACUCGCACCAGUCACUCUGUCCCCUCCCCGAGCUUGAGUUCGGGUGCUCCCUCUCGAUCUCCCAAUAAUGUUACUAUGCUUAGCAAAAAAGGAGCGACCCCACGUGGAAAGAAAGGCAUGACGCCAUCUUCACUGCGCAAGAUUCUUGCCAAGGGAAAAUCUCCUUGGAGGAAGAUUGAUAAUGACCAAGAGACACCCAAGGGCCUAGGGGACAGUUCAAACUCCAAUGGCAGCUCAAAGCUAAGGAUUUUUCGUAGGCCCUUCGGUUCCAAGAAUUACAAUGUUCUUUCUGCUUCGUUAAGGUCUCAAGAAAAUCCAAACGACCUGAACGACUCAUUAACCGUAUCAACCGGACGCUCAGACCCAACAAUAAUUAAGAAGACGAGAGGGAAGAGAUAAAGUUAAAGCAUCCUGCAAUCAUUUUAUUUUGAGCCUUCGGUUUACCAAGAGUUAAAUAUUUUACAGUCGGGGGAUGUACAUAUUCUUAAUGAAGCUUUACAACUCAUAAGAGUAGAACUUUAUAUAAACCAGUAGGUUACUGGUAAAGUUUACAUAAUUUUAAACUAACAUGAGAUAUUUUUAUAACAUUUAAUACUUCUUUGAAGAGUAGCUAGCACUCUUGACUUAGUACUGAGAGGCUUUCCAUAAGAUCUCAACAAAUUUAUAGUUUUAUAAGCCAAAUAAAAUGUAAUUACUUAUAAAAUAUUCUCUCAAUGGGAGAAUUCAGUCUCAUAGGAUUUUUGGUGUAAUAAAAAGUUAAUGCUUGUACUAUUAAAUAGAUGUGGUUUCUUCAUGUAUUUUGGGGGAUACAGUAUCUAAAUUAAUAAGAAAACCAUGACACUCCAUAAUUUAAUGUUUUUAUUGUUGGGUUUUAUCCAAAGGCUAUUGUUAGAGCCAAUGUGAUUAACUGGAGUUCAUUAAAUAAAACAAACAGAUCCAUAAUAUAAUAUAACCUAGUCCCACAUUUGUCAAGAAUAUGCAAUAUUGUAAAGACAAUUUCAUCAGUUUAGUUUCCUCUUUUGAAAUACAGAAUGUGAUAACUUUGGUUUGAUUGAGAAACAUUUGCAAUAUUCUGAGCUUUUUAUUGGUUCUUAUUGAUAGAGACUUUAAUUUGUUUAAGCACGUACUCAUUCCUGAUUUUAUCUCUUUAUUUUUAAAGGUUUGGCUUUUUAGAUACAAAUUAUGUAAAUAUGUUAAUUUUAAAAUGCUAUGAUGAGCAUAAUUCACCUUGCCUUUAACACACAUUUUCUUCUCGCGUGGUAAUUGCUUUUCUCGUCCUCUUUCCUGCGAGUACAGUAGUGCUCCUCUUACAGCCAAAGCAGAAAGAUGAUGCAUUCUAAUGUACUGAAAGCUUCACAUUGAUUUAUAUAAUUCUGGAUAUCUUGUUACAAGAGCUACCUUCUGUAGAUAUACUUUUCUUAAACUGCAAACUUAUGGGUACUCUGUUAAAUUACAUAUAUAUAUAUAUAUAUAUAUAUA